UAUAAAUACUCCUAUCAGCAUCCCACAGAUUCAUCACAAACACCUUUCAAAAUUGAAAAUGGCGAAUUUUGGUUCACUUUUGCUAUGCUUGGCUCUUAUUGCACUGUCCCUGGGGUUGAUUUCAGCCCAAAACUGUGGCUGCGCUGAGGGGCUGUGUUGCAGCCAGUGGGGGUAUUGCGGCACUGGGGAUGACUACUGCGGUGAAGGGUGCAAGGAAGGGCCGUGCUACCAUCCCCCUAGCCCCCCUAGCGGCGGCGGGUCCGUCGCCGACAUUGUGUCGGAUGCGUUUUUCAACGGAAUCGCCGAUCAGGCGGAUUCCAGCUGCGAAGGGAAGGGCUUCUACACGCGAACCUCGUUUCUUGACGCCGUCAACUCCUACCCGCAGUUCGGAACGGUUGGGAGCGCCGAUGACUCUAAGCGGGAAAUUGCGGCGUUUUUCGCCCACGUUACUCAUGAAACUGGACAUAUGUGCUACAUAAAGGAGAUCGACGGCGAAUCCAGAGACUACUGCGACAAGACCAACACACAGUAUCCCUGCGCACCAGGAAAGAUGUACUACGGCCGUGGACCCAUCCAACUAUCCUGGAAUUUCAACUAUGGACCGGCCGGCCAAAGCAUCGGUUUCGACGGCUUAAACAACCCGGACGUCGUCGCCACAGACCCGAUUAUUUCCUUCAAAACUGCCCUGUGGUUUUGGAUGAACAAUUGCCAUUCUCUCAUCACCUCCGGUCAGGGUUUUGGCGCCACCAUUCGUGCCAUCAACGGCCAACUUGAGUGCGAUGGGGCUAAUCCGGACACUGUUAGGAAGAGGGUUGAGUAUUACACACAGUAUUGCCAACAACUUGGUGUCGAUCCUGGGAAUAACCUUGAAUGCUAAGAUAUAUAAAGCAAUGUAAUGGACAAUAACUAACAGAAUAAUGUUUGAUGGUA